ACUUCCACACUUUAUUGUGGAAUAGUAAUUUACUGUCUAGACAGACAAUAUUUUGUUUAUUAAUUCCUCAAUUAAUGGAUGUUUGGGUUCCUUCUACUUUUGGACAUUAUGUAUAAUGCUUCUGUGAACAUUUGUAUACAAGUUUUAUGUGGACAUAUGUUUUCAGUUUUUUUUGGUAUGUACCUAGGAGUGGAAUUGCUGGGUUAUAUGAUAACUGUUUAAGCUUUUGAGCUGCCAGACUGUUUUCCAAAUCAGCUGUACCAUUUUACAUUGCCACCAACACUAUAUGGAGGGUCCAAUUUCUCCACACCAUGAACUGCUUUUGAAUAAAGGUUCAAAUCAUUCCUCCCUCAAAUAGUUAAGCCAGGGACUUUUAGGAUUAUCAAGAGCCUUUAGAGAGCUGCCAUUCCAACUCUGCUACUUUCUAAAUGAAUUUGGUGCUAGUACUUGGCUUGGUAUUCUUAGAAGGAAGCUCACACUAAAAUCUCCCUUGUUAGGAAGAUACAGGGUUGUCCUAGCAUACUCUUUCCCCAUGAGAACCCCAAAUACACUGUCAUGUGCUGAGGUAAGUGUAGGUAGGGAUUCAACUGGCACGGGAAUGCUAAUUUUGAGAGCAUUUUCAGGGAAAGCCUUAUUCUCUGAAUGAGAGUUCAGGGAAAGCCUGGCUAUUCUUGGCAUUAACAUUAGGGGCCAGUUGAUGAGGAAGAAGCUUCAGAGCCAGCUUCCUGUUUGGCCUUUCAUUGCCUCUGCCUGCUCCUCCCUCACACCCCCGUGUUUCCUUAUCUGCAGAAGAAAGUUGCCAGCCACUUGCCAGGUCUCCUGCUGUCAGAGCUAGAGAAACCAAGCAAUGCAUUCUGUGUUGCAGUUGCCAAUACCUAUGCCUGUAAAGGGCUAGACAGGAUGGAGGAGAGACUGCCUAUUCUGAAUCAGCCAUCAACUCAGGUUGUUGCCAAUGCCAAAGGUGCUAUGACUGGGGCAAAAGAUGCUGUGACGACUACUGUUACUGGGGCCAAGGAUUCUGUGGCCAGCACGAUCACAGGGGUGAUGGACAAGACCAAAGGGGCAGUGACUGGCAGUGUGGAGAAGACCAAGUCUGUGGUCAGUGGCAGCAUUAACACAGUCUUGGGGAGUCGGAUGAUGCAGCUUGUGAGCAGUGGCGUAGAAAAUGCACUCACCAAAUCAGAGCUGUUGGUAGAGCAGUACCUCCCUCUCACUGAAGAAGAACUAGAAAAAGAAGCAAAAAAAGUUGAAGGAUUUGAUAUGGUUCAGAAGCCAAGUUAUUAUGUUAGACUGGGAUCCCUGUCUACCAAGCUUCGCUCCCGUGCCUACCAGCAGGCUCUCAGCAGGGUUAAAGAAGCUAAGCAAAAAAGCCAAGAGACCAUUUCUCAGCUCCAUUCUACUGUUCAGCUGAUUGAAUUUGCCAGGAAGAAUGUGCAUAAUACCAAUCAGAGAAUUCAGGAUGCUCAGGAUAAACUCUACCUCUCAUGGGUGGAGUGGAAAAGGAGCAUUGGGUAUGAUGAUACUGAUGAGUCCCACUGUGCUGAGCACAUCGAAUCACAUACUCUUGCUAUUGCCCGAAACCUGACUCAGCAGCUCCAGACCACAUGCCACACCCUCCUGUCCAACAUUCAAGGCUUACCACAGAACAUCCAAGAUCAGGCCAAGCACAUAGGGGUGAUGGCCUGCGACGUCUACUCAGUGUUCCGAAAUGCUGCCUCCUUUAAGGAAGUGUCUGACAGCCUCCUCACUUCUAGCAAGGGGCAGCUGGAGAAAAUGAAGGAAUCUUUAGAUGAUGUGAUGGAUUAUUUUAUUAACAACACGCCCCUCAACUGGCUGGUGUUUGAUUUCACCACCAUAGACUUGACAUCUGAGAAUGAUGAAAUUCCAGAUAUUAUAGCUUUGGAAGAGGAGAACAGAUCAAAUCAUUCACAUGCAUUAGCUUUGUCCCCUCAUGGCAAAAUGGUGAAUAACUAACAACAACAACAAAAUACCCCUAGGCCAGGGACGGUGGCUCCUGCCUGUAAUCCCAGCACUUUGGGAGACUGAGGCAGGUGGAUCACGAGGUCAGGAGUUCAAGACCAGCCUGUCCAAGAUGAUAAAACCCGUCUCAACUAAAAAUUACAGAAAAUAUAGCCGGUGUGAUGGCAUGUGCCUGUAAUCCCAGCUACUUGGGAGGCUGAGACAGGAGAAUUGCUUGAACCCAGGAGGUAGCAGUUGCAGGGAGCUGAGAUCGUGCCACUGCACUCCAGCCUGGGUGACAGAGCAAGAUUCUGUCUCAAAAAAAAAAAAAAAUACCCCUUUUGGUUGAAUACACAAUUGAUAUUAGAUUGAACUUCCUGUUUUUAUUCCUGUGGAUUUGAAGGGUGUUCAUCUAUUUUUUUGGCUACAUUGAUCUUAAUUGCAAUAAAAACUGACCUAAACUUUUGUAAGAUAUCAUAGUUCUGUGUCAUAUAUCCUUUAAUAUAAUUAUUUAAAGUUUAAUUGCUGGAACACUUAUAAUAAAAACUGGGUUGCGUAA